AUGUUUGCUGACGACACCUUGCUCGCAUAUUCUUCAAAACAUAGUGCAGAAAUAGAAUAUUAUAUGAAUCAUGAUUUAGCAGUGAUUGACCAAUGGUCAAAGAAGUGGAAUAGGUGGCACUUCGUGUUGAUUGUCUUUGUCUUGCUGACGGGACCCGGAUGUAUAUUUGGCAACACUUUUAAGGAACUUGGUACCGACGACACUGUCCUCCUCAAUGUGGCGGUCAAAGGUCGACUCGUAGAGCGUCUCACGGACUCAGUCACUCAUCUGGAGUCUGCGCGAGUGAAAAUGGUGAAUUUUGUGAAGGCAUGCUUCUACAACGCCACUUCAAAGACAGAUGCUUGCCAACUCUGUGUUACGGAGGCAUGCGAGAAACGAGCUAUGGAAUGCAGCCUGGACGUAGCCACUAUAGAGACAAUAUCUGUAGAAAGCAAUAGUAUCCCGGGAAAUAACAGCCCUGAGGAGGAAAUCCCGGGCGUGCAGUUCCUGACUUCGCCGUUACCAGUAGAGAUGGGUCUGAAAGGCUUCACAAAAAACGCCGAGGAAGACAUCUUAAAGAACGUUCCGUCAACUCUCCAUUCUAAAGGGAAGGAACUCUUACACAAAGCAGAGGGCAAACUUCACAAACUCCAGGAAAAUCUCCAAACCUCUGUACAUGAACUCCCGGGAUUAAUGCCACGUGUGCGCGGAGCUAUCGAAAGCGUGAGUAGCGACAUUGACGUCGACUCAUUGAUGGGCGUGGCCGACAAGGCGGCUGAUUCGAUAUCACACGUGAUCUCCGAUAAAAAUAUUGACCAGGCCGUUACUUCUGUAAUGGAGCAGAUGCCCACAAUUAUGACACAGGUGAAUAAGAAGAUGCAGCAACUGACAUCAGUGAUGGGCAGCCUCGUCUCAAACGCGGUGGACCAGUUUGGGGACCUCAUGAACACUCCCAUUCCGGUACCAGUCCGGACCUGGGUAGACAGUCCCGAUAGUCAGAUCCCAGUGUCGGAGGAUAUGUCUGAGCCAGGCUCGAUGGCACAACGUUCACACAGCAGGUGGGUGGUCAAACACUUCCGACUGGGCGGCAGUUCAAGUGGAGGGACACAAGGCAUCUUUGUCAGCAGUGGUGGGUUCACAAGGCACAAGAGGAGCGCUGUGGACUGUGAGGAUGUGUCACGUGAUCCACAGGGGGCGUGUAAGGCAUUCCAUUUCCAGUGUUCGGCUUGCAUGGACAAUACAGCUAUCCUGAAGGAAUCUUGUGGAAAGGACUCUUUGAGGAUGAUGCUGGCUAUCAAAAGAGUAGACAUUAAAGCUGCGGAUUAUCUGAUGACAUACUCCAAGUACAUCAAGACGGGGACGGUCGUCCUUAAGGUAAAAUAUGACGAGCAGAGCUUCGAUCCCCGGACAUCCACAUACAAGACCGCUUACGUAACAGCUAAGGUUCGAGACGAGGUCGUAACCUACAAAACUUCGUCAUUGCCAAAUCUCGCCGACUUGUCGACCUCUGGAGGCGAGAUCGGAGACGAGAUUUGGAUGAUUUUGGACGAAGAUGAACACACUUCAGACGGUGUCAGCCAAAAAUUGAACAAGGUCACGCACACUACCGGAAGUCAUGAACACGCGACUAUGGGUCUGAAGCAUGAUAUUACAUCGGCUGCUUCCACGGACAGUGUCAUGUGGGGCGUGGUUAGUUUCGUAAUGUACCUUGGGUUUAUUGCACUGUAGAUUAAUUGAGCAGCUUUGACUUAUUUCGCAAAUUGACUUUCUAGACUUGAAGAUGUAGCAACCAGAUGUCAUUGGAUUUUUCUAAGAACGUCCCGAUAUUGUUCUUCAUUUUGUGGGAAAUGUUACUUAAACAAACCAAGCAUUUCAGGAAAACAUUAUAUAGUUUUGUAAGUGUUUUAAGCAUUGUAAGUAUCCAAACUUAUAUUUAUUGGUAUACAUUGGGUUAGAAAUAGACUGGCUGUUUUCGCAAAAGUUUUCUGAAGUUUUUUUUUUUUUUUUUGUCUGGGUUAGGAUUCAUUAAUUUUUCGUACAUCCGAAACAGACAAUAUCAACGUCGGAAAUAGAAUGUUAUUGGUUUAAUAGAUCUAUAUCAUUUGAUUUAUUAUUGGUGCAUAAUAAGGACCUCUUUGUCUUUAGAAUCUAGUGCUGGAUAUUUAAUAGCCUGUUGAGGGUGGGAUACGGAGAUCUCGACCCAGGAGGAAGAUUAUUAAGUUAACAAACAUGAGGCUUGUCGGUUGUUCACAACUUAAUAAUCUUCCCGGGGCACGUUUUACAAUACCUUAUAUUGUCUCAAUUGAUAUCAGUAAAUGAUGGUUUCCUACUUUUAAUCACAAAGUUAUAGUUCGUGGUAUAUUUAUGUCUCUUGUCGAUGUAAGACGAUGUAAAGUCAUUCGCUAUUAUCAUAAAUAUGAAUUUCCAUUUUAAAAAGAGCUAGUGAUGGUAUUGCAGAUGGUCGGUAUUGGCCAACUGUAACGUACUGCAAUGGGGACUGAAUGAAGAAAAAUAAACCUGAUAAAAUGCACAAGUAUAGAUAGAAAUAUUUUCUACAAGGAGGACUUGUUUCUUCAAUUCUAAGAGAGCCAAUUAGAUGGGAAGGUAACAGGCUGUUGUGACAAUCUUUUUGUCUAGAGCUAUUUAAGUAUUCAACAUAAAAACUGUUUUUACAAAAAAUUUGUAAACUGAUAAAAUGUAUAUUUAUAAUCAUAAUUAUUGUUAAAAAUGACACAACUCAUGUUUAGCAGUCCCUUGGCUAUGUGUACAGUUGUGCAUCCU